AUGAUGGAAUACGGAAGAACGCGCAAAGGGCCGCUGCCUGGAGGUCGCCAGGGCGCGUCUGGAGCUGGCGCUGGACGCGGCAGCAUGCGAACCGCCAGCCGAGCGCGAGGUGCUGCACGACCACCCAGCAGCCCCUCGCAUCCAUCAUCCCCACCAGCUGGCUUGGUGUCGGCAGGGUCUUCGCGGGCCCAGCAAUCGGCACCCGCCUCUGGUGGAGUACGCCGCAUGCGUUGGACAACCCAGAUGAACAGCAACGCAUUGCGGGCGUAUUUUGGGGCGAAAGGGAGAGAAACUGGAUGUUUGGCGUAUCGGGCUAGGAUGCAUCGUCUUUUUGCUGAGCUGGAGCCAUCUUUAACCGUCACAGAGCAAAACCUGGCAGACCGAGUUCGGUAUAUCUUGCGCUCAAAUAUAUUUGAUGUCGCCGAACUCGAACGGCUACGACGUGAGGCUGUUCCCUCGUCGGAUGAGAAUGCUACGGCUGAGGAUGCGGCGCCACAAAUGGUAGAGCAACCCGCAAACGUGGAUGCCGCCGUGAAUACCCCAGUUGUGGUUGAUUCAAACGAUGAUGGAACAGUCGCCCAGGAACUGGAAUUAGAGCAUAUGAGGAGUACAUUGGAAGAGGCGAUUGUGGAAACGCGCAGUACGCCUCUCGAAAAUCGACCGCGACUUCCCCGCAUAGCCCUAAGCAAGCGGAAUCGGGCUGUCGUGAGGGCUCUGAACCCAAUGCUGGUGACCUAUUUGGAAGCCAGCCGGGACCUUUGCGAGACGGACUCAAUUCUUUUUGGCGCCGCGCUGGCAGUCUGCCGUAUCAUAGGCGCUAAGGUUUCCACGGCUGGACGCGCUACUGGCCAUAGUAGCGCUAUCCCAGCAUGGAGAAGAAGAAUUGAGGAACGUAUCGCAAAGGCUAGAGCUCUCAUCGGCAGACUGAUAUGCUUCAGAUCAGGCAACAACAGGCCAAGAAUUGUGCGCACCGUCAGGAUGGCGUUUGCUGGGACAAAUGUCAGUUUGUCCCAACCAGAAGUCGCUCCCAAGCCUCUUCACUACUGGGAUCACUCAUUUGGUUCCUAA